GACUCUGAAAAAGUUAAAUUAGCAAACUUAACAGUUCCUAUAAUAUCACCAAAACAGCUGGUGGACAUAGCUAAAACACUAAAAGAACAAUACUACUUCUUCUGCGAAAUUUCUGCCAAAUGGAUACAAAUAAUACCCAGAGCAAGUGCUCAACCAGGAACACCCCUAUUGCCAACAACAGUAAAAAAAAUUCUGGAAAAAUCAGAGUCAGUAAAAAAACCACUAUCCUUUAUUUUACCAAUUACUAUGCAAGAAGAAGUUGAGCAUACAGUCAAUUUUUUAAAGGAACACUUUAACUUUGCAGACAUAUCUACUUAUAUCAUUAAUAUUCCAGAUCUACCCAAGCCCCAAUAG